AUGACUGAUAAUAUUUAUUCUGCAAAAUACUCGGGUGUCGAUGUAUAUGAAUUUAUUCAUCCUACUGGAUCAGUAAUGAAGCGAAAACUUGAUAAUUGGGUUAAUGCUACACAUAUAUUAAAAGCUGCAAAUUUUGCAAAAGCCAAGAGGACAAGGAUAUUAGAAAAGGAAGUUAUUAAAGAGACACAUGAAAAAGUCCAAGGUGGUUUUGGUAAAUAUCAAGGUACUUGGGUACCUUUGGAUAUAGCGAGAAAGUUAGCAGAGAAAUUUGGUGUUCAUGAAGAACUUAGAAUUUUAUUUGACUGGACUCAAACUGAUGGCUCUGCAUCUCCUCCUCCUGCUCCAAAACAUCAUCAUGCAUCUAGAUCUGAUUCCACAAGGAAAAAGGCUACAAAGAGUAAUAGUACUUCUGCAGUCCUUGAAAAGAGUAAAAGACAAAAUAGCGAUAUAGGUAAAGCUUCUCCAGUAGUGCCGAAGAAAAGGGGAAGACCACCUUUAGCUGGUUCGGCAGCUAAAAGGAAAUUGGAAGCUUCAUUAAAACGUUCUCAGAGUGAUAUUGGCUUUCCAAGACCUAGCAUACCGAAUUCCUCUAUACUGACAAACCAGUUACCUUCGAUACUUACAAAUAAACUGGAAUCUCUCGAUGAGGAAUCACAACGGGACAGUCCGAUUUCAUUAAGUCAACAAACUCAAUUUAAAGAAUUAGAUUUGAAUGAUGGAUUGUCAAGUGAUGUGGAACAACACCAAUAUCCAUUAGAAACAAAUGCUUUCGAAGAUGUUAAUGAUUUCCAACAAAAUAAUGAUGAGCAAAAACCUUCAAUUAUAGAUAACAAGCAAUAUGCAAUUACACAGACAAAUCCUUAUGAGGCAUCAUCUCCCACUGCCUCUACUCCUACUUUGCCCACAUCACCGGCUGAUUUAUCUGAUACAGCACCAUUUGAUCAUAGAUAUGCUAUUGGUACUUCACCUGUUAUCUCAACAAUUCCAAGAUACCCUCCAGCUCAAGCAAGACCUGAAACAUCUGAUAUAAAUGAUAAAGUUAAUCAAUAUUUAUCAAAGUUAGUUGAUUAUUUCACAUCUAGCGAAAUGAAGUCUAAUAAUGAAAUUCCUAUAGAACUGCUAAACCCUCCACAGAAUAGUGCACCAUACAUAGAUGCUCCUAUAGAUCCGGAAUUACAUACUGCAUUUCAUUGGGCAUGUUCUAUGGGAAAUCAAAUGAUAGUUGAAGUGUUGAACAAUGUAGGUACUAGCAUACGUUCUACCAACUCCCAAGGACAGACACCAUUAAUGAGAAGUGUAAUGUUUCAUAACUGUUAUACCCGAAGGUCUUUCCCAGGAAUUUUUCAACUAUUAAGAGAUACGGUAUUUGACGUUGAUAACAGUCAUCAAACCAUAAUCCAUCAUAUAGUAAAGCGUAAAUCUACGACACCUUCCGCAGUCUAUUAUUUAGAUUUGGUCCUUUCACAGAUAAAAGAUUAUUCUCCACAAUAUAAGAUAGAGAUGUUUCUCAAUACCCAAGAUUCUAAUGGGGAUACAGCGUUGACCAUUGCGGCUAAGAAUGGGGACAAAGUAUUCUUUAACAAGCUAACAUGCAACGGGGCUAUGGGGAAUAUAGUCAAUAAACAAGGAACGACAGCAAAUGAAUUAAUGAAUGAGCAUUUUGAAGCAUCAAAAGUUCGUAGCCAAAGUAAUAGCAAUGAUCUAGUCGGUGCAUAUUUUGACUCACAAGGGGACUUCGGUAAACCAAUUGAAAACAGUGGCAUAAUGAAAUCUAAAACAGCAGAAGAGAUCACUAAGAAGAUACCUGAGAUUGUUGAAAAGUUGCAAAAAUUAGCAGAGGAAUACGACAAAAAAACAUUACAGAAUGAGAGUGAUGUUAAAGCGUUAGAAAAAACACUAUUCAGUUUAACUAAAUCCAUUAAGAAUGUUAGUGUACGUACUGCAGAGGUUUUGAAGAUAUCAAAUACUAACGAAAUCAAUGAUACUAUAGAGAAAAAGACGAUUUUAUCGAAAGAGUUAAAAUUGGGUAUUGAAAGUGACAGAAAGAAACUGCAAUCCCUUUAUGAAAGAGAGCAAUUGAUGCGUAUUGAAAAUUAUUUAAAGAACAAUGCAUUAGGUAAGGAAAACGAAAAAGAAGAGAAAGAGGAUGAAGAAGUACUAAGAUCUUUAAGACAAGAAUUGCAAGACAUUGAAUCGAUGCACCGGAAAACGAUUGAAGAGAUAAUAAAGCAAAUUCAAGACAAUGGUAAAGUACAUAAGUAUCGUAAGAUGAUUAGUGAGGGUACAGGCAUAGACACUAAUGAAGUUGACAAUUGUCUCGAUGUCAUAUUGCAAACAUUAAAAAAUGAAGCUAGUGUCCAAGAAAAAUAA